AAAAUCAAAAGGGCACUCAUUUGAAGUUUCUUCUCGUCGGAGGUUUAUCUUGAUCGCAGUGUGACCACGUUUCUAUUGUGAGUUUAAAGAAAAUAUUGUGUAAAUUAUUCUGGCAUUUACAGUAUAUUAAACAAGAGAUAACAGCUGGGGAACAAGAGAUAAAGAAAACACUAUUUACAAACUAUAAAAAUAAAUUUUUCCCCCAAGUUCUUUACCCUAGAGGCAGGUCGUACAUUUUCGUCUUUUUUCCUUUGGAGGAGCUGUGAAUACUUUUUUAUUUGAUUCAUAGACAGAACAGAAAUAAGAUAAUAUGGUUAAAGAAACUGGUUAUUAUGACCUGUUGGGUGUGAAGCCCGACGCCACUAGUGAAGAGCUGAAGAAAGCUUACAGAAAAUUGGCGUUAAAGUAUCAUCCAGACAAAAACCCAAAUGAGGGUGAGCGUUUUAAAGCAAUUUCACAGGCGUAUGAGGUGCUGUCAGAUCGUGAGAAACGACAGAUCUACGAUGAUGGCGGCGAAGCGGCGAUCAAGAAAGGCGGUGCUGACACAGGUGACUUCCGCAGUCCCAUGGACUUCUUUGAGAAGUUCUUCGGAGCUGGUUUCGGUGGUGGCGGUCGUCGACGUGAGCGUCGUGGUAAGGAUGUUGUACAUCAGAUGUCCGUUCAGUUGGAAGAAUUGUACAAUGGUGCCACACGCAAGCUGGCAUUGCAGAAAAAUGUGAUUUGCGACAAAUGUGAAGGUCGCGGUGGCAAGAAGGGUGCAAUUGAGAAAUGUAUGCAAUGUCGUGGUAGUGGUGUAGAAACCCGUGUACAACAGAUUGGACCUGGUUUAGUGCAACAUACCGAACAAGUUUGUCGUAAAUGUUUGGGAACUGGAGAGAUGAUAUCUGAGAAGGAUCGUUGUAAGCAGUGUAAUGGUAGGAAAACUGUUAGGGAACGUAAAGUAUUGGAAGUGCAUAUAGAGAAAGGUAUGCGAGAUGGACAGAAAAUUAUAUUUAACGGCGAGGGAGAUCAUGAACCAGAUUCACAACCUGGCGAUAUUAUUAUAUUAUUGGAUGAGAAAGAGCACUCCACUUUUGUGCAUGCCGGUACGGAUUUAAUGAUGAAAAUGCCAAUUCAAUUGGUGGAAGCCCUUUGUGGAUUCGAACGUGUUAUUAAGACACUUGAUGAUCGUGAUCUUGUGAUCCGAUCAAAACCGGGUGAUGUUGUCAAACAUGAAAUGACCAAGUGUGUCAUGGAAGAAGGCAUGCCGUUGUAUAAGAACCCGCUGGAGAAAGGUCGUUUGAUCAUUCAAUUCGAAGUAAUCUUCCCUCCAACUAUUCCACUAACAGUUAUUCCCACACUCGAACAAUGUCUACCCCCAAGGCCAGAAGUAACCAUACCACUAGAUGCUGAAACAGUCGAAUUGGAGGAAUUCGAUCCCAAACAACGACGCCAACAACAGCACCAACGUAUGGCGUAUGAAGAAGAUGAUCGCGGUUAUGAGCAAGGACCCAGAAUAGAACAGUGUUCGUCAAGUUAAGCGCAUACAGCAACAUCUCCAACAAGCAAAUUAUGUUUAAUCGUUUAAAUAAUCCUACAAUAAUAAGCCGUGAACACGCAGAAGCACUACAUACAACACUAGAUAAAUUUUAACAACUCACCUGAGCAGAACAACAACAGCGAAUUAACAACAAAUAGUUCAUUUACUGGAGCGAUUAACGAAGCGCCUGUUGGUUUCCUAAUUGACAAUGUGACUUUGCUGCAGCAAUGUUUUCUUUUUCACAACAACCAUCGCAAAACAGCACAAGUCCGUAAAAUGAAAAUAUAUCGCUACCAUAAACAUGUUGUACAUCCCCUUUUUUGGAAAAGUCUCUAUGCAAUGUCAUAAACAAGGCGAAUUCCUUAAGGCUAUUCAAUUUCACUCUAGACUACAAAUUAGAAAUUCAAAAGGAACUAUUAAUUUAAAUGGUUACAUUAACGGCAAAUAUACUAUAACACUUAAAUCUG